AUGCCCCCGCAGAUCCUGGGCCGUGUGUACGCGGUGCUGAGCGACGAGAAGCUGCGCGCCGAGUACGAUGAGACUGGCACGGUGGACGAGGAGGGCUCGACGACACAGGGCGAGCAGGACUGGCUCGAGUACUGGCGCCUGCUCUUCAAGAAGAUCACAGUGAAGGACAUUGAGGAGUACGAGAAAAAGUACAGGGACUCAGCAGAGGAGCUGGCUGACGUGAAAGCAGCGUACAUGGACUUCAAGGGGAACAUGGACAAGAUCAUGGAGUCUGUGAUGUGUGCAAAACACACGGACGAGCCAAGGAUAAGGAAGAUAAUAGAGCAAGCCAUCGACUCUGGAGAGCUCCCUGCCUACAACAGCUUUGUCAAGGAGUCCAAGCAGAAGAGGAUGGCCAGAAGGAGGAAGGCUGAAAGAGAAGCUGAAGAGGCAAAAAAAGUUAAAGAAGACAUGGGUCUCAGUGGAGAUGAUGACUUGCAAGCACUGAUUCAGAGCCGAAGUAAAGAUCGAGAAAGGGAAAUGAACAAUUUCUUUGCCCACCUGGAAGCCAAAUACGGGAAUACUACUAAGAAAGGAGCAAAGAAGACUGUAGCCAAGAAGAAAAAGACAUAA